AUGGAAUCUUCAAUUAAAACCUAAGGCAGAAGCAAGAGAGCCUUAAAUAAAACACUUUCUAAAAAUUAUGCCACAUAAAGUAAGAAUUUCAAAUGAGUUAGUUAUUGAUUUGCUCUCAAAUAAAAAUUAGCUUUGUCUCUUUGGUUCUAUUACAAAAAAUGAGUCUCCUAUCAAUCGAAUAAGAAUACUAAGAAGCUUAAGAAUAAGAACUCAAGAAGAUUAAUAAAAUAGAUUAAGUAAAAGCUUCGAUCUAAAAGUUGUUCAUCAUACAAGAUAAUAAUAAAGACGAAAGAGUGGUAUUGAACCGUUGUCUGAAAAAUAAGUAUUCAUUUCUAUUAUAUCAAUUAGAUGCAUCUUGAUUGUCUAUAUCCAAAGACUUGUGUUUAAUAAUAGCAAAUAUUAUUAAAUGAGAUUUAGAAGACAAAGGAAAGAAAGAAAACAAUAUUCAAACGUAUGUCGAGUAUCUUAAUUAAACAUCAGACAACACUUCGUAAUAUUGGCAAUUAGAAUAGUAUUAAUAAUCAAAGGAACAGUGAAAUUUAAUUAUUAAUGCUGUAAUAAUCUCAAUAGCCAAUUGAUGAACUUGCACUUCUAUAAUCUUAGGAAGUGAAAAAAACUAAGAUUCCAUAAUCAAUUAUUGAACCUGAACUCUAGAAAGUAGUUUUAAAUGUAUCUCGAAAAUGUAAGAAGCCUUUUGCUUCAAUUUAGAGUUAUGUGAAUCAAAAAACAGAGAAACACUAAUCAUAAAAAGAAUUAGGAAAUAGCAAUCCUUUUUUAAGUUAUAUGUCUUGUCAAAGUCUUACAGAGAUGAACAGUUAAUUAUAAAGUAAUUCUCCUUAGACUUAAAGAAAAUUAAUAUCUUUGAAAUUAGCUUGUCCUCUUCCUGAAAUUAAAUUGAUUUCUUCUGCUCGUAAUUAUGGUAAUACAAAUGAUAUCAAUUUUCAAAAAUAGAAAUUUAAAAAUAAUAUUUAUUAGGGAGAUUCACAAAGAAAGAAGAGGAUUGAGACUAAAGUUUGA